AUGACUUAUGCUACUGUGGAAACUGUCACAUGGGACAUGAAUGAUCCCGAGGUGCUUGCUUGUGUGAUUUUACCUGAGAGAAGGCGGCCUGCCACAUCUGUCCAUUGUCCCCCGGCUGACCUCCACAUGAAGACUCUCUGUUCACGUUUACCUGGUCAACAUCAUGAACCCAGCCUUAAAACCAAUUUCUCAAGAUCGAUUUCAUUCCAGCUCAGUCUGGCAUUUUAACGGGCCUUAUCCACAUCGAGUGCGUGGAACCAAGAGACUACAUUCAGCAGUCCUUUAACACCUUGCUCUCCCUUCUAAUCUUAGCUGCUCCGUUUUAACAAUGUUGGGCAGAAAUUCGUUCCGUGGUGUUGCCAAGUCUGACAGGAGAUGCAGUGACUUGAACCGAGAAGAGCUAUGAGUGAGGAAGGUCCCCUAGCUGCUAAGAUAAUUCAUGCAGUGUGAGAUGUCAGAGAGCUGCAAUGGGAAAACCGUACAAUUGUUUUUUGUAAUGUUUAAGGACUGAAGUGGCUCUCAGAGAAAUGAAUAGAUGUGUGUAGCACUAAAAUACAAGAUGUGUCUGCUUGAUGAACGUAGCAAUAUGCAGUAAUACAGAAAAUUAACGAACAUCGAUCAUUUUUUUUACAGGUGAAUCGUAAUUGAAUUGUGAGUCCAGUGAAGACUUAGACUUUUAGUUUAGACUCAUCCAUUUCAAGACUUCAUGUAUGGAGAAACUCCCAGUAGUAGUUGUGGGUGUUCUGACCUCCAUGUAGUCCUCCUCACAAGUGAUCUCUCUGUGAGUCCAGAUCAGACCAGCACAGACUGCAGAAACAGGCCUGCUGAUCCACAUUCCACCAGAAUCCUUCACUUUCACAUUAAAGCUGAAGGUGAACACCUGGUCAUUCUGGAAAAUAGAAUCAGCACUCAGUCUGAACUCCUGUAAUCCAAUACCUGGCUGUGACUGUGGGUUUGUAAAGGAGGUGGAGCUACCUGGCUGUGACUGUGGGUUUGUAAAGGAGGUGGAGCUACCUGGCUGUGACUCUGGGUUUGUAAAGGAGGUGGAGCUACCUGGCUGUGACUGUGGAUUUCUAAAGGAGGUGGAGCUACCUGGCUGUGACUGGGUUUCUAAAGGAGGUGGAGCUACCUGGCUGUGACUGGGUUUCUAGAGGAGGUGGAGCUACCUGGCUGUGACUGGAUUUCUAAAGGAGGUGGAGCUACCUGGCUGUGAUUGGGUUUCUAAAGGAGGUGGAGCUACCCGGCUGUGACUGGAUUUCUAAAGGAGGUGGAGCUACCUGGCUGUGACUGGGUUUCUAAAGGAGGUGGAGCUACCUGGCUGUGACUGGGUUUCUAAAGGAGGUGGAGCUACCCGGCUGUGACUGUGGAUUUCUAAAGGAGGUGGAGCUACCUGGCUGUGACUGGGUUUCUAGAGGAGGUGGAGCUACCUGGCUGUGACUGGGUUUCUAAAGGAGGUGGAGCUACCCGGCUGUGACUGGAAUUCUAAAGGAGGUGGAGCUACCUGGCUGUGACUGGGUUUCUAAAGGAGGUGGAGCUACCCGGCUGUGACUGGGUUUCUAAAGGAGGUGGAGCUACCUGGCUGUGACUGGAUUUCUAAAGGAGGUGGAGCUACCCGGCUGUGACUGGGUUUCUAGGACGUGGAGCUACCUGGCUGUGACUGGGUUUGUAAAGGAGGUGGAGCUACUUGGCUGUGACUGGAUUUCUAAAGGAGGCGGAGCUACCCGGCUGUGACUGGGUUUCUAGGACGUUGAGCUACCUGGCUGUGACUGGGUUUGUAAAGGACGUGGAGCUACCCGGCUGUGACUGGGUUUCUAAAGGAGGCGGAGCUACCUGGCUGUGACUGGGUUUGUAAAGGACGUGGAGCUACCUGGCUGUGACUGGGUUUUUAAGGAGGUGGAGCUACCUGGCUGUGACUGGGUUUGUAAAGGACGUGGAGCUACCUGGCUGUGACUGGGUUUGUAAAGGACGUGGAGCUACCUGGCUGUGACUGGGUUUGUAAAGGACGUCGAGCUACCUGGCUGUGACUGGGUUUUUAAGGAGGUGGAGCUACCUGGCUGUGACUGGGUUUGUAAAGGACGUGGAGCUACCUGGCUGUGACUGGGUUUGUAAAGGAGGCGGAGCUACCUGGCUGUGACUGGGUUUGUAAAGGACGUGGAGCUACCUGGCUGUGACUGGGUUUUUAAGGAGGUGGAGCUACCUGGCUGUGACUGGGUUUGUAAAGGACGUGGAGCUACCUGGCUGUGACUGGGUUUGUAAAGGACGUCGAGCUACCUGGCUGUGACUGGGUUUGUAAAGGACGUCGAGCUACCUGGCUGUGACUGGGUUUUUAAGGAGGUGGAGCUACCUGGCUGUGACUGGGUUUUUAAGGAGGUGGAGCUACCUGGUUGUGGGUGAAGCAAGAGUAGUAUGAAGCUCUGAAGGUGGUGAAGCCAUCCAUCUUGAAGGUGCUGAUUGUGUAACCACAGCUCGAGGCAAUAUCCUCACUGAUUGAGUGCACGCCGUUUCCAUCUACAUUAGAAUGGACACAGUGAGCAAUGUGGUCAAUUCAGGACUUACGUUACAGGACAGAGAUGGAUCGUGAGACCGUUGGACAGGUGGUAUUGAGUACUACAGAAGUCAGAAUGUAUAAUAGUACUACAGAGUCAACAUGAAGAACUGACCUACAGCCUCGAAGCGAGGAGUCUUUGCCGAGGUCACGUGGAUCCACAUGUAACGGUCCCGACACGCCGACUGAACAACAGCAUCCACAGAACCUGACCAGACAAAAAAAUGUCCAGUUAAGGCCCCCCUUCUUGGUUCUGGUUUUCACACCAGUGUUGGAAAAGAGUCCAGAGCCCAGACCCUGCAGGGCGGUAAGCGUCAGAUCCAACAGCUGGGCAGUCAGCUACAGCUGAACCAGCACUGUCUGGACACGGCCUUCAACUUCUUCAAGAUGGUUGUCAGUAAACACCUGACGCGAGGUCGCAAGACGGAGCACGUCAUCGCCGCCUGCCUCUACCUGGUGUGUCGCACUGAGGGGACGCCACACAUGCUGCUGGACCUGAGUGACCUGCUGCAGGUGAACGUUUAUAUUCUGGGGAAAACCUUUCUGCUGUUGGCUCGUGAGCUCUGCAUCAAUGCUCCCGCUAUUGACCCCUGCCUGUACAUCCCUCGUUUUGCCCACAUGCUGGAGUUCGGGCUGCAGACCCACGAGGUGUCCAUGACGGCUCUGCGUCUGGUCCAGAGGAUGAAGAGGGACUGGAUGCACACAGGCCGCCGUCCGUCUGGCCUCUGUGGAGCAGCUCUCCUGGUGGCAGCUCGGAUGCAUAAGUUUCGUCGUACGGUGAAGGAUGUGAUCAGUGUUGUGAAGGUCUGCCAGACCACUCUGAGAAAGAGAUUAACAGAGUUUGAAGACACGCCCACCAGUCAGCUGACCAUUGAUGAGUUUAUGAAAGUAGAUCUGGAGCAAGAAUGUGAUCCACCCUCCUUCACUGCUGGACAGCACAAAGCCAAGAUGCAGCAGCUGGAACACGAGCUGGCCAAGAAGCUGGAUGAGGUCGAAGGAGAGAUCAGCUGCUAUAAAGAAGAGAUCGAGACAGAGCUGGAGAAGAGCCGACCUAAACUCAGAGGAAUCUACGCCGCCUACACUAAAGAAAUUGACCCUGAUGGUGUCGAAGUCUCAUCCUUGACCUCUGAACCCGACGUGCCGGAGGUCAAAGACGCCGAUCUCCAAGCCGCCGCCCAACACCUGACCCAUAACUUCCUGUGUGAGGUGAUUCAAGAGGAGGAGGGGCGGGACAAGAAGUCUGAUCACGGCGAGCAGAAGGAGGGGGUGGGACCUCACCGCCAGGCUGCUCCUCUGGCCGCCAUCCUGGGAAAUCUGCCAAGUGUAGCUGGCCUGAGCAUUCAGCAGACCUUCCAGACCUUCACCGGGUCGGAUGAGGGCGAGAAACUAGAUGAUGAACAGUCAGAGAACGGAGAGUUGGACCUGAAGGGCAUUGAUGAUCAGGAGAUUGAUAAGUAUAUCCUGAAUGAUUGGGAGGUCCAGGUAAAGACAGAGCUGUGGAUGAAGCAGAAUGCAGAAUACCUCAAGGAGCAGAAAGAGAAGGAGGAGAGGAUCAGGAAGGAGAAGGAACAGGGGACGUAUAAAGAGAAGCCGAAGAAGUCCAAGAAGAAGAAGGAGCAGAUCCAGGCGCUGACGGCGGGCGAGGCCAUCGAGAGGAUGCUGGAGAAGAAGAAGAUCUCCAGUAAGAUCAACUACGACGUCCUCAGAGACCUGAACAGCAGAGGGACAGGAAGUGGGGGGGGCAGCAGUCCCAGCAGAGUGACCUCCGACCCCUCCGCCACAGCCGCUGCCACAUGUAGACGACUCAACCGCCGCCGGCGCAGGAAGACCAGCGACGCUAACCGAGACCUCGCCGCUACCACCAGCAUCAUGGGGAAGAGGGUCCGACUCCUUUUGUCCUCCACAUCAAAGAAGAAAACAUCAGUCCAGGCAGAAAACACCGUCACCAUGACAACAGAUGCAACAACAGAGGCUUCAUCUGAAGCGACUCCUACACCCGAACUCGACAGAAGCACUGCCCCCGCUAGCCCGCCCCCUGUGGAGGUGGAGGUAGAGGAGGAGCAGGAGGAGCAGGAGGAGGAGCAGCAGGAGGAGGAGGAAGAGGAAUGUGUCAGCGCUCUGCAGCUUGUAGGGGAUUACGGCUGUGAGGAGGAGGAGGUCUUCUAGGUCCUGCUGACCUUUGACGUCCAGCAAAUGAACUCCGUCUGGUUAAACUGAGGCAGCUCCACUGAAACUGAUCAAUGUUACAGAAAUCAAUAAUUAAUAUCAGUGAUAAAUGAAAACAUGUUAUAUUAUCACUUAUGAGAUUCAAUUAUUUUAAUAGAUUUUAUAACUCACGUUCUUAUCAUUGUAACUUUUAGAUGUUUGUAUAUUUUUAUAUUGAUCCAUUUGAAUGUAAAUAGAACAACACCGGUUGUUUUUUUUGUGUGUGUUUCUUGUGUACUUUUCUCGUAAAUGAAUGUGUGUUUUUUGUGUAUUUUAUAUUUGAGUUUGUUGUUUCUGAAAAGAGA